AUGUUUUUUUCAAAAUUGAUUACUAUACUAGCUUUUAAGUACGCUCACUGGGCACUAGUUUACUUGUUUUUUGCAAAAAUACUUCAAACUUCUAUAUGGCCAUUAUUUGUGAUAUUAUUUGUGUUCGAUAAACUUAUCAGGCUAGUUGUAUCACUAGUAAUACUUAAGCCUGAAGGUUGUGGAUCUUUGCUUGUUUUUGUUGCUGUGGUUCUUUAACUUGAGGAAUUUUUUCAAUUGAUAUCUUAAAACAAUGAUGUAUAGGACGCAUUUAAAUCAGAAAUAAUCAACAUUCCUAUGAUUAUGGAAAUUAUUUUUGUCAUGCUUUGGACUUUUAUCUGUAGAGAUGAAACAGCUUUUUACAUUUAAAUACCUAUUAUGAUAAUUAUUAGCUUUUAUUUGAAUUACCUUUGGGCUAAAAUGAUUAGGUAGCAAAAUUAUGAAUUCUAUUAGUUCUUACCUUUGUAUAUAGAAUAUAUUGCAUACUUUGGACUGAUUUAUAUUGCAAUAGGGAUUAAAUAUUUUUUUCUAUGUUUUAUUCCUUUCCAAGUAAUUAUAUUGAUAAUUAUCUGCUUCAGAUUCUCCAAAUCUAUCUUUUUCUAGUAAGGUGACCCAAUAGUUAAUGGGUUUCUUUUUAUUUUUUUAAGUGUAGCUAUAUUUACACACUGUGGUUUAGAUAACAGAAAUUCUAAUUCAUGGCAAGAGUUUAAUAGCCUCAAAAAGAUAUCUCAAAGAACAUAAAAUUAUUAUUUAGUCUGUAAAUUAAUAUCUCUACUGGUAAUACUAAUUACAGUUUCUUUAACAUAAUUUGAUUACAUCACACUUAAAAGAGAAGGUAUAUCUGAUACUCUAAUGCUAGUAGUAUUUAUUUUCUGUGCAAUAUCUUUUCUGAUAUAUAUAAUACAAAUAUUUUUUUACAUCGCACUGCCUUCUUUCAUUGGAACAUGGUAUAUAGAGAUUGAGGGCUUAGAAGAACUAAGAAAAUAAAAUGAGCUACAUAGAAAAAAAUAAUUAAACCUAGAACAUAUUUCUUAUGUAACUAUUAAUCCAUACUAUGGCUUUUUAACUACAGAUUAAAAAAAAAGUAAAGAAUUUUUAUAUGCCCUUUUAUUCAACUUUGAUGGGCAUACCUUGUCUAUUCACAAUAUCGGUAAAAGAGAUCAUUCAAAUGGUAAAAUGAAAGUUACUUUUUAUACAAGUUUUUAUUUCUAAGAUUUAAGAAAUUAUCUUUUGAAAUAUAGCAUCUUAGAAAAUAUCAGUGAAAUAGAACUUCGUUAUUCGUUUACUAAAUAUCCUAAAUCUUUGUUUGAGCUAAUUAAUAUAUUUUAUAGGCCAAUAAAUCCAAUUCUUAUAAAAGCCAUUGACAUGCCCUUACUUUUACUUUCUUACCAAUAAUAAAUUAUUGCAUUUUUAGAGCAUAGUUUUAUUAAUAUAGUGUUUUUUGAUAAACAUUUAUCUGGUCUAAUGUCUGUUAAUCCUAAAUAAGUACUUUAUGAUCUAUAUGAUAUGUGA